CAAUUGAAAAGUCAAAGCGAAUAAACAAAACAAACUUAGCUAAAGUCAUUUAGCAAAACAAAACGCAAUACAAAUAUCUUUUUACCAAGUGCAUAAGAAGCAAUUUAAGAAUAUUAUUGAGAGUUAAUAAUAAAUAAGUUUAAGUGAAAUAUUAAAUAGUACAAGAAAGCAAUUAAAAUGGUUGCAAUUGGGAUAGAUUUGGGAACAACAUACUCGUGUGUAGGAGUAUUCCAACACGGAAAAGUGGAAAUCAUAGCGAACGAUCAAGGUAAUCGCACAACACCCAGCUAUGUGGCGUUCACAGACUCGGAGCGGCUUAUUGGUGACGCUGCGAAGAAUCAAGUUGCCAUGAACCCAAAGAACACAGUGUUUGAUGCCAAACGAUUAAUUGGACGAAAGUAUGAUGAUCCGAAAAUCCAGGCGGACAUGAAGCAUUGGCCUUUUACAGUGGUUAACGAUUGUGGAAAGCCCAAGUUAAGUGUUGAAUUCAAAGGAGAACAGAAAAAGUUUGCCCCUGAAGAAAUAAGUUCAAUGGUGCUGACAAAAAUGAAAGAAACUGCAGAGGCGUAUUUGGGUACAUCUGUAAAAGAUGCCGUUAUCACAGUGCCGGCUUAUUUCAACGACUCRCAGCGKCAGGCCACCAAAGAUGCUGGUGCCAUUGCGGGAUUGAAUGUUCUUCGAAUUAUUAAUGAACCAACAGCAGCAGCUUUAGCUUAUGGUCUSGAUAAAAACCUUAAAGGCGAACGCAAUGUGCUYAUAUUUGAUUUGGGCGGUGGUACUUUCGAUGUUUCCAUUUUAACUAUUGAUGAAGGCUCACUAUUUGAAGUGCGGGCGACAGCKGGUGAUACUCACUUGGGUGGAGAAGACUUCGACAAUCGAUUGGUAAACCACUUUGCAGAAGAGUUCAAACGUAAAUAUAAAAAGGAUUUACGGUCGAAUCCUCGAGCGUUGCGACGAUUAAGAACAGCAGCAGAGCGUGCGAAACGUACACUGUCAUCCAGCACUGAAGCCUCUAUCGAGAUUGAUGCUCUAUAUGAAGGAGUAGAUUUCUACACAAAAAUUAGCCGAGCACGGUUUGAGGAAAUGUGUGGUGAUUUGUUCCGCAGUACACUAGAUCCAGURGARAAGGCUUURAACGAUGCCAAAAUGGACAAAAGCCAAAUCCACGAUAUUGUYCUUGUUGGUGGUUCAACUCGAAUUCCUAAAGUCCAAAACUUGCUACAAACAUUCUUCGGUGGAAAGACUUUAAACCUUUCUAUCAAUCCAGAUGAGGCGGUAGCAUACGGUGCAGCAAUUCAAGCAGCCAUUCUGAGUGGUGAUAAGAGCAGUGCAAUUCAAGAUGUCCUCUUGGUUGACGUGGCACCAUUAUCACUUGGAAUUGAGACCGCGGGUGGAGUGAUGACCAAAUUGAUUGAGCGGAACAGUCGUAUUCCAUGCAAACAGUCAAAAACCUUYACGACAUAUGCAGAUAACCAACCAGCUGUUACCAUUCAGGUGUUUGAAGGUGAACGUGCCAUGACCAAAGACAACAACUUGCUGGGCACAUUCAAUUUAACUGGGAUUCCACCAGCUCCGCGAGGAGUACCCAARGUAGAUGUAACUUUCGAUUUGGAUGCUAAUGGAAUUUUAAAUGUGACGGCAAAGGAAAUGAGCACCGGCAAUGCUAAGAAUAUAACCAUAAAGAACGAUAAGGGRCGACUUUCACAAGCAGACAUCGAUCGUAUGGUAAAUGAAGCGGAAAAAUAUGCCGAGGAAGAUGAUAAACACCGUCAACGAAUAACUGCCCGCAAUCAACUUGAAAGUUAUGUGUUUGGUGUAAAACAAGCAGCUGACGAAGCGGGAAGCAAAUUAAGUCAAUCAGAUAAGGAUCGAGUACUGGAGAAGUGYAAAGAGACGAUUAAAUGGCUUGAUAGUAAUACCACCGCCGAAAAAGAGGAGUUCGAGUAUAAGUUGGAGGAGCUAACGAAAAUAUGUAGUCCAAUUAUGACAAAGAUGCACCAGCAAACAGGAGGUGCUAGUUCACAACCACAACCUGGUAAUUACGGUGGACCAACAGUCGAGGAAGUUGACUAAAUAUAAGUCGCUYAUAUUAUGAAAAAGUAUUAUAGCAAUUAGAACCAAUUUAUAAAAGACUGAAAGUUCCUAAAGUAGAUUAUUUAAGUUCGUUAUAAAUUAUUAAAGUUUUGUACAUAUA